CUGUGUGCCAGGCCUUGUGCAAAGUCAGAUCCUCGCAGCGCCUGCCCAGCCCCGGGGGAAUGGGCUGAGUAGACAGGGAGCAGGGGUCUCACCUGUCUGGGGCCUCCUUGGUCACUGUGUCCUACUCCCCUGCAGCCGGAGGACCUCAUGAACAUGCAACACUGCAAUCUCCUCUGCUUGCCCGAGAACUACCAGAUGAAAUACUACUUCUACCACGGCCUCUCCUGGCCCCAGCUGUCUUACAUUGCUGAGGAUGAGAAUGGGAAGAUUGUGGGGUAUGUCCUGGCCAAAAUGGAAGAGGACCCGGACGACGUGCCCCAUGGACAUAUCACCUCACUGGCUGUGAAGCGUUCCCACCGGCGCCUUGGCCUGGCCCAGAAGCUGAUGGACCAGGCCUCUCGAGCCAUGAUAGAGAACUUCAAUGCCAAAUACGUCUCCCUGCAUGUCAGGAAGAGUAACCGGGCCGCCCUGCACCUCUAUUCCAACACCCUCAACUUUCAGAUCAGCGAGGUGGAGCCCAAAUACUACGCAGAUGGGGAGGAUGCGUAUGCGAUGAAGCGCGAUCUCACCCAGAUGGCCGAGGAGCUGAGGAGGCACCUGGAACUGAAGGAAAAGGGCAGGCACGUGGUGCUGGGUGCCAUCGAGAACAAAGUGGAGAGCAAAGGCAAUUCACUUCCUGGCCCUGGAGAGGUCUGUCGUGAGGAGAAGGGCCUGGCGGCUGACGAUAGUGGUGGGGACAGCAAGGACCUCAGCGAGGUCAGCGAGACCACAGAGAGCACAGAUGUCAAGGACAGCUCAGAGGCCUCCGACUCAGCCUCCUAGAGCCUGCCCUGCCCUGUCCUCGCCCACGAGCUUUCACAAUAAAUUUCUCCCCGUGGCCCUGGG